UCAAACAUGUGCCAAAUGCUUUAACACCUAUCAUAAGAUCGCACUAAAUUCCAAAAUUCAAUUCCGACUAAAGUCAGACACCCAGACCCCUCACGUGCCUCUACACCUACGAGCAUAUCCCCGGCAAAACCUCGGACAACAGCCGUCUCCGAAAAGAAUCUCGAAACCUCCGCAAAAAGAUAGCACCACCAGAACCGCAAGCUCAAUACCCACCUCCCCCUCACUAUCAAACACAGUCAAACACAACAAUGGUCGUGCGAAUCCGCCUCGCCCGCUUCGGCAAGAAGCACGCCCCCUUCUACAACAUCGUCGUCGCACACGCUCGAACAGCACGCAAUUCUCUCCCCCUCGAGGUGCUCGGAACCUACAACCCGAUUCCACAGCCUCCCCGCCCCGGGGACACCAACGGCCGGCCCUGGAAGGACAUCAAGCUCGAUAUCUCGAGGGCGAGGUACUGGAUCGGUGUUGGCGCGCAACCGAGUGAUACCGCGUGGAGGCUUUUGAGCAUGGUUGGCAUUCUGGAGCCGCAAUACCGCGUCCAGCAGAUCCAGGGACAAGUCGUGAAGGCGAAUUCGGCGGCGAAGUCGUUGAUACCACCACAGACACCCGCGCCAGCAGAGCCGGCGGCGAAAGAGACGGAGAGCGCAUAAGGGAUUAUUGUGCAUGUGACGAGAAGAGAAGCAAAAGGAAGGAAUAGCGGGGAAUCUAUAUGAGCUGUGGGAUUCCACUAAGUUCCCCAGGAUCCCCUUCUGUACGUCAAGGGAAUGUUUAGCAUCAAUGGGCGUUUUUGAGUUUCAACUAUUGGGAAGCAUGCAAGAUGUUGGAUUUAUAAGAGUAUAUGUACAAUAGUCCAUGGAGGAAGAAAUCCGGACAUGUAACAUUGAAGAUAUUGCAGUCCCAAAACCUACGCGAUUAAAUAUCAUCGAAAUAUAUGAAGCCAAAAAACCAUU